AUGGCACCAUCAACAACCAAGCAAUGGACGGUCGAGGGCCAGAAUGGCUUCGACUCUCUCAAGUUCAACGAGAAGGCACCAGUCCCUGAGAUUGGUGACAACGAUGUUCUCGUCAAGAUCCACGGCGCAUCGCUCAACUACCGCGACCUGAUCAUCCCCAAGGGCAAAUACCCUUUCCCCAUGAAGGACAACAUCGUCCCCGGCUCGGACGGCGCCGGUACCGUCGAAUCAGUCGGCAAGAGAGUCACCCGCUUCAAGGCAGGUGACAAAGUGGUAACCCUCUUCAACCAAGGCCACCUCGCGGGCUCCCUCGACGCCCAAUCCCUAGCCACCGGCCUCGGUGGCGCCCUCGACGGCACCCUGCGCGAACACGCCGUCUUCUCCGAAUCCGGGCUCGUCGCCAUGCCCACAAACCUCAACUUCCUCGAAGCCUCCACACUCUCCUGCGCCGCGCUCACCGCGUGGAACGGUCUCUACGGCCUCGAAUCGCGCGCCCUGAAGCCCGGGCAAUGGGUGCUCACACAAGGAACCGGCGGCGUGUCCAUCUUCGCCCUCCAGUUUGCGAAAGCAGCAGGCGCCCGCGUCAUUGCCACGACCUCGUCUGCAGCCAAGGCCGAGACGCUGAAGAAACUCGGAGCAGACCAUGUGAUCAACUACAAGGACACGCCCAACUGGGGUGAGGAGGCGAAGAAACUCACUGGCGGCGGCGUGGAGCACGUCAUUGAAGUGGGCGGACCGUCCACCAUGGCGCAGUCACUCAAGGCGAUUGCGAUUGACGGCGUGAUCAGCAUCAUCGGCUUCAUUGGCGGCAUGAGCAAGGACCAGCCGACGUUCUUGGACUGUCUUACGGGCAUGUGCACUGUGCGCGGUAUCCUGGUCGGUUCGAGACUGCAGAUGGAGGACAUGUGUCGCGCGAUUGAGGCGAAUGACUUGCACCCUGUUGUGGACGAGAAGGUGUUCAAGCUCGAGGAGUUGAAGGAGGCGUAUGAGUACAUGUGGGAUCAGAAGCAUUUUGGCAAGUUGACUGUCAAGGUUGCGGAGUAG